AUGGCCCCCAGUGUCUCGAUCCUGCAGGCGAAUGUCAACCACUGCGUCGCGGCCCAAGAUUUAUUGAUCCAGACCGCGGCGCAGUGGAAGAUCGAUGUAGCCAUAGUCGCCGAGCCGUACUUCGUCCGCGCCCGCGAUGAUUGGGCGGGCGAUCGCGACGGCUCGGUGGCUAUCGUCGCCUGGCGACGCACGGGCCCCACACCCUUCGAAAGUGUAACAAAGGGUAGCGGUUGGGUUCUUGCGUCGCUGGGCGGCAUUGCAGUGAUCGGGGUGUACUUCGCGCCGAGCAGAAGUUUUGCCGACUUUGAGCGGAUGCUCGCUGAAGUCGGCGCUCUUGUGGCCGAUGUGCACCCCACCCCUGUGGUGGUCGCUGGAGACUUCUACGACAAAUCGAGUGCAUGGGGUUCUCCGGUGACAGACCUCAGGGGGUAG